CAUAUUCCUAUUAUUACAGCGAUAAGAUAAGUAUUUAAAACGGAGCCGACCCUUGCGCGUGCUCACUGUUAACAACAAUACGGUAUAAUGCGCACGUGUUUUUUAUUAAUCGCCGCAGUUGCAUGGUGGGUACCAUCAGAAGCAUACUGGGACGAUAUUAGUACAGUGAUUCAAUGGAGGAGGCUUCAAUUUGCAUAUCGUACAGAGACUGAAAGACAAAAUGAUAUCAAUUCGGGAGCUUAUGAUCCGGAUACACCAGCACCAAUUGAUGUUGAUGUUUACUAUCCGAGGAAUGGCCAGCGGAUGAUUUUUGUUUCCAUUCCAAAAUUUAGUACUACAGGUGUACCUGUUACUUUUGGUACGGUUAGUAAUCAGAUGUAUCAAGGUGAUCCCUUGAUUGAACCUUUUCCUUCCUGGGAGUGGAAUAAACACAAUGGGUGCUCCGCUAGGAGACUGGUGUCUGUUUUUCGUGUGAAGAUUGAUCGUUGUGGGCUUUUAUGGAUCUUGGAUUCUGGUUAUACUGGACAAGGGAUAAUCUGCAGGCCACAGUUGCUUGUCUUUGACCUAAAACAAUGGCCUUUUAAUAAAGAGCCUUAUUAUCGCUACGAGUUCCCCAAUGCUGUUUUCGACCGCAAUAAUUCCAUCUUUGUCACACCUGCAAUUGAAUCACGAGGUCCCGAUUGUAAAACCGGUGCGUUCGCGUAUGUAGCUGAUGCAUCAGCCAGGGCAAUUGUUGUCACAGAUCUGAACCGUGAAUACUCCUGGCGUAUCAAGGAUGUCAGCAUGCGACCUGAGACCCAGUUUAGUACCUUUAACAUAGCUGGGGAAUCUUUCUUCCUGGAUGAUGGUGUUCUGGGUAUAGACCUAUCACCUGAAAAAGGUCCUUAUGACAAUAAUCGUAAUCUAUACUAUUCGGCUCUCUCUGGGUCCAAGGCAGCUAGUAUCAGUACUAGUGCUUUGAAAAAUGCUCUGAAUCAACCUCCAAGGAUUUAUAGGUAUCCUAGCCCCAGGACUUCCCAAAGUGCUGCAAUGGCCAUCAGUAGAACUGGUGUGGCCUUCUUUGGUCUAAUGUCUGAGAUUACCAUCAAUUGCUGGAACAUCAACUCUGAUGACUACGGUAGAUAUAUUCAUACAGUCUAUUCAAACCCCACUACGAUGCAGUUUCCAAGUGGCAUGAAGGUUGUGGUAAACCCAGCUGGUGAAGAAGAGCUAUGGAUAAUGACCGCUCGAUUCCAAAAACUGAUGAAUGACGGCUACAAUUUCAACGAAGUGAACUUUAGAAUCUCGAAAGGCAAUGUGAAUGAUUUACUGGCGAAUUCGAGGUGUACCCGGCCCAAUUAUUGAAUAAUGCGCGUUGUAAAAUCAAUAAAUUAAAAUUUGAUUCUAAAA